UGCUCAUGAAGGCACCACAGUUCCCAAGGAGAACCCCAGCAAAGAAAGAGGUCGUGUAUCCGGGAUCCUCCGGUUUAACCCCUCAAACCAGCACGAGGGGAGGACGAAGAGUUUAUUAGCCUGAUGAACGACCAGUGUGAGAUUUGAUAUCAGGGCAUUAAUCCUCCGGGGUCUAGCGGUCUUCACGGAUCCCCGGUCUGGAACUCACAUCAGAUCCUUCAAUCUGCGGAGACGCGAGUCUUCAAACCUGCGUUCUGGAUCUGAACCUGAAUCCACCCCAGGAUCAGGAUCUUCUUCUCUCUGAUGGGUUGGAGGAGGUGAAAGCGCUCACAAAGCAACUCUGACUCGCGGCCACGUCUGUCUGGCUCAGUGGAAACUCCAGACAGACAUCGUGAACCGAGAGGAGAGUGAGGAAGAGGAGGCCGGGCACUUUGGGAUCUGAGCCAAUGACCUGUACGAGGAGAGGAGCAGCGCAGAGGCUUUGAUUAAAAUGGGGCUGCACAUCUUCACACCUGCUGACUUUGUGUCUGAGGGCCACUCGCUCAGCUCGCAGCCAUGCCGGACGUAAAGCCUCCACCGCCAUGUGACUACCCCUGCACCUCCUCCGCCGCAGCCUCCGCCGGCUCUCCUGCCGGCUGCGCCUCUCCGCUCGACCUCCUCAUUGACAUGGAGCCCUGCAUCGCCAACCUCCCCCUGUCCCCCGACCCCUUGAACUCCUUCCCUCGACACAGGCCUGGCGUCUCUCACUACCCGGGCGUCCAGGGGCCUCCCUUCCCGCUCAUGGCCCGGUGUAACAGCAGCACCCUGCUCACUAACCUGGGCCUGAGGUACUGCUCCAGCAAGCAGGGCCCUCUGUCUGCGGGGCCGGGUCAGGGUUUGGAUCCUGGCUCCUGUGGCCACACAGGGAACAAUGGCAGCAGACCGUAUAGGAGCAUGGAGAAUCUCAACUGGAACAAUAUGGCUGAUUCUGGACUGUAUGGAUUCAGUGCUGCCCCCUACAGGAGCAUGGACAGUGAGUUUAUUUUACGCUACACCUCUACUAGUCACUGGUGCGGGGGAUCACAAGAUGGAUCUCUGGUUGAGGCCCAUGGACUGGUACCAAACCCCGAGAGCCUUGCCUUUUAUCCUCGACAUGGACUAGCAAGAAAGGAUCUACCCAUCUUCCCUCAGCUGCUGUUUCCAGGUGGCGUUGACGAAUGGGAUGCGAGGAAGGGCCUGAGGGAGAAGCUCCGCCUUCAGAGCGCGAGGUCUUCAGUUGAACCUCCGAAACCUCUUCCUCUGCGGCCUCAGAUGUCACCAGGUGCUGCACCCAUCGACAGGGAGGGCGUGCAUCAAGUCAACUCACACGCCGGAUCGAGGCCGGUGUGCACGAUGCGCCUCACAAACCACGAGGACAUCAAGCAGGAGGUCCUGAGGCGCUUGCAGCUCCGACGGCAGAACAGCAGCCCCAACCUGGUUCUCCAGAACUCCACACCCAGCCCGAACGGGGUGAAGACUUCCUACACAACGGACAACAUCGCAAACAACAGGAGCAGAUCCAAUUCUGCAUCUGAGCGCUGCAGACCUCCUGCGGGGCGCCUUCACAUCCCUACCUUCGAGGAGUUUAAGAGGAUGAGGCAGAGGGAGGGGCAACAGGGAAAGGAGUCCACAGCGGGACCUGUGGUGUCUAGAAAACCUGAGGCUGAUUUGCAAAAAGAAUCAGGAGGUAAAAUACCUCCUUCUGAUGAGACGAUCCUUCAGUCGAGCUCUAGUGGAAGAAACGGGAAAGACUCUGAGAAGGUGGAGGGAGACAUGUGCAAAGGUGAAAGGACAGGCAGCAGUGGUGAAGCCCUGCACACUGUCACCUCCUCAGAAACACCUCCAUAUAACGCCAGCGCAGCACCUAUCUCCACCUCUGUUACCAGCACGUACUCUCCCAUCCGCACGGUUCCCACCCCGCGUGCCCCUCUGCAGACACUGGCCAGCUCAGCGGCCCGGGAGAAACUCCCCAUAGCUGCGUUGGGAGAGGAUGGGAGCACCCGGCGGAGGAGGAGCAGUUUGGAGCCGGCUGGGUCAGUUCCCUUCCCGCCCUGCAGGGAAAACUGGGAACGGCCCUCCAGCUGCUGCCCGGCUCUCCUCCUGGAGGGGACAGACCUGUCCAGCUAUGGAGCCAAGAUCUAUAAGAUGAAGGACGGACUCAUCGGCUCGGCACUGGACCUCAUCAAGAAAAGCUGCAGUGCAGAGAUCUCCGCCGAGGCCCCCGUCAGGCUGUCAGCUGACCGGGACGGAGGCUGUGACAUCACCGCCCCCUCGACUGACUGUCAGCCCUCCGCCGUUGCCAUGGCAACGUCAGCAACGGCCUGCGAAGCUGAGGCUGGCGACGAGACGCCUGCAGGAGGAGAGGAAGCAGCAGAAUGCCAAUUUUACCGCGUGAUUGACACAAGUGUCCUUCCCAACCGGCAGCACACUGGUCUGGGCUGCAGGCGCUCCAGCUCGGACGCAGCCUAUGAGCUGGCUGAGACGGUGAGGGCUCAGCGCGAGUGUCGUCUCCGGCCUCACUACAGCGACCCCAUGCCAGCAGACGCCUCCAAGCGCAAACAGCUGGAGAUGAAGAUCGCUGCCGCCGCGAGACUCCACGGCCACCGCCGGGACCGCGACAGAGACAGAGACAGUGCUCCAGCGGCUAUCCGUGGCCGCUCUGAGCCCCCUGGAGAGGAGCGCCAGGCGGGUCUGGGUGUGACUCGGUCCGGGCAGCAUCGCUGGAGCACCAUCAGCAGCCUGAGCGCCGACAGCGGAGUGGUUGGCCUCAGUGAUGAGCGGGAGGAGGAGGACAGCGAGCCUCGCCGCCACCGCAGAACAAGGGGGGCCGAUGUGGAACGGGUGGACAGUGGCAUCGGCCCAGGUCUGUCCCGCACCUGGAAGAGACCCUCUGCCUCCCUCAGGGCCUGGGAGGCGCAGAGACCCUGUCCAGACUGCGGCCUGAGGGACGGGGUAUCCAAAGAGCGAGGAGAGCGCAUGUGCGAACGCUGCUCUAAACUGCGGACGGAGCGAAAGGAGGCCAUCCUGGAGUUUCUGAACACAGAAUCCAGCUACGGCGAGGACCUGCGGAUCAUCAAGGAGGAGUUUUACUGCCCCAUGCAGAGUGCCGCGCUGCUGACGGCCGAGCAGCUCACUGUGGUGUUUGGUAACGUUCAAGAGCUCAUCGACGUCAAUGACCGCUUCACUGAACACCUGCAGGACAGCAUUGACCAGGCCUUUGACCAGGGAGAUGAAGAUCUGCUGACAGUAUACAUAGGAGAGAUCUUCCUGGAGUUCGUCAACAUGCUGCCCGCCUUCCAGACCUACUGUCUGCAGCAGUCCACCUCGGUCAACAUGCUCAACACGCUGGAGAAGGAGAAAGAGCUGCUCAGAAUUUUCCUGGACGUUUCCCAGAAUGACAACACGGCUUUGCGGCGUAUGAACUUGCGCUCCUUCCUAAUGGCGCCUCUCCAGCGUGUGACCAAAUACCCGCUUCUGCUGAGUCGCAUCAUUAAGGUCACUUCUGAAUGUCAUCCCGACUACUCGCGUCUACGGGAGGCCAAGAGUCGGGUUGAAUCCCACCUGGAGCACAUCAACAUGAAGACGAAGCAGGAGGGCAACGGUGUCACCUGGUCCCUGCGCUCUUUCCGCCGCGACAGCCGUAAAAACCGGGAGGUCAUUAACAUAGAGAUGCGAGAGGUGUCGAUGAAGACGGUGGGCUGGGCGAGAGAAAACACUAGAUUCGUCAUGGAGGGGCCGCUCCAGCUGUCCCAGCCAGCAGAUGGUCACUGGGUGAAGAAGGGAAGCAAGGCCUUAAAGUUCCAGAACGUCCAGAGUCUGCUGAUGGUGAGGACACAGCGGGCCGGGGAAACCCCUGUACAGGGCACUGACCCUGUGGCGAGGGGGGAUCAAGUGGACGUAGGUGGAGAAAGCAUACGAGAUGGUGUUCUGGUUCUAAUCAAAGACAAGAGCAGCGGGAAGUUCACCGUGUUGAGAGAGCCCAUACGUUUGGGAAACUGCAUAGUGUCGACGGAUCCGGACAGCGAGGACACAUUCGAGGUGCUCGACAUUCGAAAGGAGUCUUUCGUUUUCCGUGCCUCGGACAAAUCUCGCACCCAGCAGUGGUUCCAUCAAAUCAAGAGAUACGCUCGAGACUUGGGCACCUGGAGGAAAAGGCGCAACGCCUUGCCCAACAUCAUGAUCAACACGAACCAGGCCCGCUCCUGAGACUAACCAACCCCCCUCCGCCUUUGUCACACUGUAAAUAACCUGAAUCCUUCUACUGCAAAAACGAACUGACAACGAGAAGCAUUUCCCAGUGAAACCACUGUCAUGACUCAUUAGAUUUCAGAGGACAAAAAUCGUUCUCAAAGUUUCACAGGGGUCGUAUACUGUACAGAAGAAGUGGACAUAGCCACUGUGACAUCAACCACAAGUCUGUUAACCGCACUUUUGAAGCCAAUAAUCUGCAUUUGGGCCACUGCCAUCUUGGUUUUUCCAGAAUUGAGAUAAUGGGGGUUGAGACACUUGGUUGUCUGGUUUCCAUGGUAUUGGCUUGACAAUCACAGGUAGCCACACCCCAAAGCAUACUGUGCUUUAUUGGUAUAUCCUUAGUUAGUUGUCAAUCUGGUUUCAUGCAAAUGUACUUCUCUUUGCAACCAAAGGCGUCCCCCCCCCUGCUGGCCAUUACAGAGAAUGCAGUCUUAAAGCACUUUGUCCUUGGCUUCACUUCUAAGACAAGGGGCCACGUCCACUUCUUAUAUACAGUCUAUGGGUCAGAGGAUGAGACAGCGCUUCUUUUUCUUUCAAAUCUAUGAGUGCGCCAUGUUCUCGCAAAAUGAAAUACGAAGAUUGAAGUCAUUAACACUGAGGAAAAUUCUUGGACAACCAAAAAUCCUGGGCUGUGCUUGUCAGCCUUGAUUGUAAAGACUGUUUGCUCCUGGAGAAAGAGAGCUGUGUGUCUGAUGAAAAGCAUGACUGAACAUGACUGACUGCUAAAAAGAAAAAUUGUGACGUCCUUUUUUUUAUAUACAAGGCAUAAUACAAUUGGGGGUGAACACUUGUGGUAUGAAAAGUCGAAGAUGUGGUUAAGAGCUUUGCUCAGUGGUUUCUGUUUGUUGUCACUGCCCUCUCCUGUUUGUGUGUCGCCCUCUUCUGUAUGUCGGCGGUAGAGCAACUUUCACUGCCAGGGAUGCAGUUGAGCAGAGCCUUUUUUUGACAGGUUGAACACUGUGUUUUAAAUUUAUAAACGAGAAAUCACGAAACAGCAAUAACCUCUGCCUGUUUCAAAAUAAGUAGCUAACGUUUAUGCAUUUUAUUUCCAAGCAUUGUCUUUUGGCAUUCAGGUUUGUCCUGCUGUGUAACUCAAAUUCAUUGUGGCAGAUUUACUGUCUUAAGUCUCAAACACGGUCCUGUUUGAAGGAUGGCUUAGAAUACAAAGGAAGUUUCUGUUUUGGUCAAUCAUGGGAAUGAAAUGACAGCAGUCUGUGAAAAGUCUUCUUAAUCUUUUUGCGUUAAAAUAAUGAUUAACAGGUUAAGUUUAACAAUACGGAUUACCCUCUGUACGUUUUAGUGUUAACCAGAAGGACCUUGUGUGGAGUCACACUUUUGCAGUAUAAAUUGAUCUUACUCAUCAUUUGGUGGGUAAACUGUCUGGAAAAAUUGAAAAUGGUUGCUGUAAUUCUCAGCUGUAAGGAGAGCCUUUUCGUUUAGUUUUUUCCCCUGUAGACUAAAUCCCAGUUAUGAAAUCUGAAGUAACAGACCAAAAGGGAGAACAACUUUUGGAAAAUCGGAGGGAGUUAGGAAAUCAUAAUCAAACAAUAUCACAUCUGUUGAAAUUGUGUCAAUCAACUAACCUUUUGACAAAUCUUCACAGCAAUGUAAGAACACAAACAUGUCUCUAAUACUACAGAUCCUCACCUUUUACCCAUAAAGCACAAGGCAGAAAUGUGUGAUACAUAAAUAUGAAACUUGUGUCCUGGUAACUUUGGUGUUAACAGGUUGACAAACUCUAGUUACUCGAGAUCCUCUCUUCACAAACACUUCCCUACCAUCUUGUCCAGACCUGGUUUGAACUGUGUGUUAUUAUGUGGCCUAGCGGUGAGCUGUUGUGCCUUGGUACUUGAUUACUGUUGCGUUUAAAGGUACUGACUUAUUUGCAGACUGUCACAGUAGCAUUUAUCUCUGAGAUACUGAAAAGUCUGCCCUCUGCUGGCACCUGGUUGAGAUCAUUCUACAGGCAAUAUAAUUAUUCCUCUUGACAGUCUCUGGCUGCUGAUCCUCUUGCAUAUUUAAGUGUUUUUUUUUAAGUUUAUUUAUAAAGGCUUUAUUUUGUUUAAUGCACUUUAUCAUGAUCCAGUAAUAGAACGCUCUGAAGUAUAACUAUGUUACACAGUCUUGUUUAUUCACAAUUCUUUCAAUGAGAAGAAACCAUGCUGACUGAAGCCGAUUCAAGCAGGUUUUAAAAAAAGAAGAAAAACUACUGUCAUCAAACCAAAACUACUGUUUAAGACUGAUGCUGUUUUAUAUUUGCUUUCAAGUAGCACUAGAAAAAAGGUAGUGAAUCACUGUGUUUGGGAGGGCAGCAAGGAUACUAGCUCCACACCAGUACUCGUCCUUUGCUGUCGAAAAAAAGCCGUUUCAGAUAUAAAAAUAUGAAAAAAUACAAAGCCUACCGACUUUAAUACGGUUUCUGUUCUGAUUUCCUCAUUUUCAUUUUGAAACACCUGAUGUAUUAUUUCCCCAAUGUAAUAUAUUGUGAAUUAUAUUAAAAAAUGUGAAACUUA